AUGCUUUUCUUUCGAUACGUCGAAACCUUGCCCUUCCGACACGCCAUUAGGGUGCUGGAACGUUGGCCCGAGAAUUCUCCCGCGGGAGAAUAUGCAGCUCAAGUUCUACGCGAGCUUCCUGCAAACUACUUCCAGCAGCCUAGACUAUUGCCCACCGGACCACGCUUUGUCUAUGCGAAUGGUGCACUGGAACUGAAACGUAUUGACCAAGAGUUGCCCAUGCAACAACUCCACCCAGAUUCGACCACCGGAUGUGUUGGAGGUGUGAUGCAGAAUGUACUCUCGGCCCCCUUGGAGCAACGGCGUCUGCGCCCUCUGAACAGCUUCAUGGUAUUCAGAAGUUUCUGCGCUCCCAUGUUCCCUGGAAUCCCUCAGAAAGUGAAGUCGAUGGCCAUCAGCGAAAUGUGGCAAGACGAUACCUUGAAAUCCUACUGGGCUAUCCUCGCCAAGGCGUACACCAUUAUUCGCGAUCAUUUCCAUGUCGACACUCCUUCACUCUCUGCCUUUGUUGAGCUUUGUCUGCCUUUGAUGGGUUUUCUGUCUCGUCAGCAGUAUCUCACCAUGUCCGGUUGGCAUGUCCAGCCCAUGGGAAACAGCCUCAGUUUGCGCAAGAUCAACUCAUCAACUUUGACAAAUUUCAACCCUCCAAUGAUCUCUGUUGACCAAGUCGUGAAGCACUGCACCGACAACAACUACGCCCAGAAACGUGACGAGGAGUGGGAUAAGCACAUCGUCGAAACUGGAGCCGUGUUCGCCGUGGAGCCAUUGUUUCGAGCCACCAUUCCGGAACCCCAGAACUGGGUACUCGAUGACAUGCCUCAGUGGCCAAUUGAAGAAUUUGAGGUUGAUGAGAUGUACUCUGCCCUUGACACCGAGCACGAUCAUGGGCUUCCUGUCAUCUAUGAUCCAAACAAACCUCCUUCUUACUCUACUACCAUGGAACGUCUCGAUCGACUCUUGGGGAACAACUAG